AUGGUGAACAAUAUCGGCCAGAUGAACAUUCAAGUCAACCCGAACCCCAUGCAUGCCGUCGGGACGGCGGAAGCGACGCGCCUGCAGAACGAGGGUAUAGCACUGGAGGAAAUGGGCGACUACGCCGGCGCGGAGCAGCGCUUUCUACGGGCCAUCGAAAUCCGCAACCAAGCAUAUGGCCCAGGAAACAACUACGUAGCGGUUAACUUGAACAGUCUCGGCGAGCUGUACCUCAAGCAGGGCAGGUUGGACGAAGCGGAACCGAUAUUGCUAGAGGCACUCGACGCUCGCGAGAACCGGCUGGGCAACGGCUUUGACGCCGCUGUUACUCGCGAGAACCUGGCCCAGCUUUAUGAAGCUCGUGGAGACGGCCCCAAGGCGAAGGAAAUUCGCGCGCGCGGAUUCCCUAACAACAUCGCCUGUGGUAAUUACAGGUGCCCGGCCCUGGCACUCACUGCUAAGCAGGUACGCAGGUGCGGACGCUGCCAGUGUAUCAACUACUGCACGCCUGUAUGUCAGAAAGCCGACUAG